AUGGCUCGAUUGUUGUUGUUAAUGUUGGCAUUUUUCUUCAUGAUGAACAUUAAUAUUGAUCAAAUUUCAGGUUCUUUGGAUUUUCCUCUUGAUCUAGUGGUUCUUCCUUCCCCAGUUAGCCCCGCGCCUGCACCAUUUAUUCCUGGUGGAGGUGGUGGCGGAGGAGGUGGAGGAGGCGGAAGAGGCGAUAAGGGAGGUGGUUAUGGAUAUGGAAGUGGUAGCGGUUCUGGAUGGGGAAGAAGUGGUGGAGGCGGUGGUGGUGGAGGAGGAGGCGGAGGUGGUGGAGGUAGUGGUAGUGAUCGAGGACGAGGACGUAAAGGAUCAGGCCAGGGUGGUGGUUGUGGUGAGGGCUAUGGUUUUGGUGGUACUGGUCAAAGUAUUCCAACUCCAACUUCGAGUCCUAGUAUCAAGCCGCCUUGGAUGACGAGGAAAGUUAUACCAGGGUUUUAUUAG